GAGCGUCUGCUGGUUGCCUGGCAACAGCUCCCGACCAAGAAAUAUUCCCACAUAGUGGUAAAUCUCCUGUAAAAUGACGUAUUGACGUUUUUACAUUUUGGUUUUGUACAGAUUAAACAAACAAAAAUAUAAUGAUCUUGAGGUGGGUUUAAAAGUGCAAGAGGGUUUCAAAUAACCUUUGGACAGAGACAAGGUAACGUUAGCUGUUCCCUCCUGUUUCCAGUCUUUAUGCUAGGCUAGCAUGAAGACUGGCUAACUAGCUGCUAAUUUUUGCUUCCCUCCUGAUAACUAUUUUCAAUGGUAUUUUCUUACUCAGGAGCAUCAUCCUUGUCUUUUUUUUUUUUUUUUUUGGAGGAACUGCAUCAGUAAUAAGUUCAGCGCUACAUCACCAACACCAGCAGCAACGUUAACUGGCCCACUCCUCCCAUCAGUCACUCCCAUGGCGGACAUAACCUCACACGCAUCCCGGGUCAUAUGAGGACUUUCACAGCAGCAGAAGAAGGAGGACAGAGGCGUGACGUCGCUGCCCGCAGAGAGGCCCAUACGGCAGGAGGAGAGAGGCAGGGACGCGCCGUGCGGGGACGGACGCUGCUGCUGCCGCAGAGCAGACUUGCUGCGAGACGUAAGAGCGGCCAGGGCACAAAACAACCGGCAACCACGGCAACUUUGCAGAGACAACAGACAGCCAUAAUGCGGCACAGCCCGCCAACCCCGGAGCUGAUGUGACUGUUCACACCCAGAGCAGGGAGGAAGCGGCGGACACCACCACCACCUCUCCCCGGCGUUUGCCUCGCCUCGUCUCGGGUGUGCGCGGCAGGUCGCUCGGUCUGUCUGGAGGGGGGGGACAUGUCCUCGCUAACCGUAGACGAAGACCAGAAAUGGGUACCGACACACGUUCAGGUGACGGUGCUAAGAGGCAGGGGAUUACGGGGCAAGGGCAAGCACGGUACCAGCGACGUGUACACUAUCAUCCAGCUGGGGAAGGAGAAAUACUCGACCUGCGUGGUGGAGAAGACCACCGAGCCGGAUUGGAGGGAGGAGUGCUGCUUCGAGCUGCAGCCCGGCGUGCUGGAGAGAGGCGGGCGGAGCGCAUACCCGGCCGCGAGCAGCGAACUCAUCCUCACCGUGAUGCACCGGGCGCUCAUCGGGCUCGACGUGUUCCUCGGACAGGCAGUGAUCCAGCUGGAUAAGGUGUUCCACGAAAGUAGAUGCCUGAAAAACGAGUGGUACAGGCUCAACUCCAAGACGGGGAAGAAGGAGAAGGAACGAGGAGACAUUCAAGUCACCGUGCAGUUCACCAGAAACAACCUGACAGCGAGCAUGUACGACCUCGUCAUGAAGGACAAGAGCGCCUCCACGUUCCGCAAGCUGAAGGAGCGCAUGAAGGGGAAGAGGAGAUCCAGCGAAGAGGACUCCUCGUCGGCCGUCGUACCAAGCGGCUACGGGUCCGUGUACCGCAUGCGCCACCGGCUGCCCAGCGACGGAGGCGGCGAGGAGGAUUAUGAGGACGACGAGGGGGGUGAGGCCCGUCGGAGCAAGAUGAGGAACUUUUUCCUGAGAGGGAAGCUGAGGAAGUCGUCGGACACUCGCUCCAGCACGUCACUAGGUUCAGAGAGCAGCGAGUCAUCGUCGCGAGGAGGGAGUCUCAGCCCCACAGCUGGCAUCAGUGUGGUGGUCUCUGACCUCUCCAACUCGCCCAGUAACAGCAGCAACCUGACAGCGGAUAACAGUCCAGAGCACACGGCAGACAUAUCACCCAAGUCUCCUUCUCUCAGAUGUGAGUUCGGUGAUGAGCCCGGUGAGAUCACCAUCGCAGUGCCUCAGCCCACUGUGUGCGUUAACGGAAGCCAUGCUUACCACGUCCAACACCUGGACCCAGGCUCAGGAAAACCUGCAGGUUCUUUAGGCGUGGGACUGUUGCAGAAGUCGUUGCCUCUCUCAAUGUCUCUACAGAACCUCAGCCCGCGAGCCGCCACAGACCUCCCCAAAGGCACCGUCGGAGACGGACGCCGCUGGUCUUUUGACAAACCCGGCGAGGAGGAGAAAGCUGCCAUAGCGGCGGCCCUGGAGCAAAGCGGACCCAUGGUGGGUGACGAAGAGGAGUGCUUGGAACAGACUGCUCCGCCCUCCUCUUCCUCCUCCACGGCCGAGUCGGAGAGUCAGGGGAAAAAGCAGAAGAGGAACUUGUUCUCCCAUGGGAGGAGUGAGUCUGCGGGGAAAAGGACGAGUCAGUCCAAGGAUGAGUCUGAACAGGCCUCCGCUGGCGCUGAGGAGAAACACAAGGGAUGGUUCGGAUCAAAGGACUCACACAGCAAACCUAGCCUGGUGGUGUCACCUAAACUAAAGCCCAGCACUGACCCCCACCCUCCACCUCUCCCACCUAGUCACCACCCUCCGGGUCCCCCCGUAGAUCCUGCCUCUCUGGUUUCUGCACUGCAUCACUCUAACCCAUUCUGUCACUCACAGACCACACCACCUCCCAUAUCCCCCUGCAACCCUUUCUUCUCUCUCCUCCAGCACAACCCUUUCUAUGAAGACAUGCUAACUGCUCAGCCCCUAAAACCUCUGCUGCCUCCUCUGCCCUAUCUUUCCAGUUCCCGGCCCCCUAUAGCUCAACUCUUUCCGCAGGCGAGUAAGCCUAACCCCACCCUGACCCACGACAGCCCAACCACAGGGAGCUCCAUCACUGGCUCUGAUACAAAGGGUGACGUGAUGGCUAAAGUUGCGCAACGACCCCUUCCUCCUCCUCCCACACAAGAGGACAAACCUUUAAGAAAGAAGUUGUCCAACCCUUUUAUGUCUGCUGGGGAGCUGGAACCGGAUUCAGAGUGGGACGAAUCCUUUGAAGCGUUUGCAGCUGGCAGGCUGCAGUCUCCCGAGGAUCUGGCCACAGAUUGCAGAACACAGCAAAACACACCCAGUGGCCGUUCACUGGAACACUGCAAUAAUAAAGGAACCUCAUUAGCCAGAACAGGUGCUGAUCAAAUCAAAAAUGUAAAUGACUCACUACAUCAGCGACCUUUAGGAAUCACUUUAAGUAGUUGCACAGAAUCCUCUUUCGAAGCACAUAAAGCCACUUGUGUGGUGACCAACACUAACACGCAUCACUUUGACACAUUUCUGCAAUAUCUUGACACAAUCCCAGAAUACGGGAGCUUUGAGGAUGACAACAAAAUUUUCACUACUUCGGCUAACCCGCCAGAACUCGAUGCUUGCACUGAAACUUCUCAGGCUAACAGCACUACUAACACAAACGUUUUAACCGACACUAAUAUGCAUCAAGCCCCGUGCCACACCUCGUCUCUAAAACUCAACAGCAGCUCCCCAGAUCCUGGUUCUUCAGGACUCGGCAGUUCAGCAGAAGAUGAUUUCUUCUCCUGCCUCUCUUCGUCAGACAAGUUCUCAGCAUCCUCUUCAGAUGAUGCUGAGGCGCAGAACUUCUUCGGCUUUGAGACGUCCGCUGAGUCAACUGUGGUAAAAAACCUAAAGCCAUCAGAAUCUGAAGAUGACAUUACCGACAGGUCCAAUGAGCUGUCUUUAGUCGAUGUAGACCAGCAAACAGUUACUCCGUACCGGGAUGGUGACGAAAAGGUAGAUUCGAACAAUUCAGACGGGUCCUUGGCACCACAGUCACCAGUCCUUACAUACCAGCAGCCAAUAAUCACUGCAAAGGAGACAGAAAGUGAAAGUGCAGAUACUCAGACAUCAAACUUUUCCAACGUCAUGUAUCUUGACCUGCUGCCAAAACUCUCAGUCUCUUCAGAAUCGGAGCUACAGCCGAAAUCUGACGUUUCUUUACAGUCUGACAAUGAAAACGGAGAGAAAAGCAAAGGUGAAUCUGUAGUGGAUCUUUCAAAAGAGUUAAAUGAUUCCUCUGUAACUGCAAAUAGCAACACAGAUAAGACGAUAUCUUCCACUCCAGAUGACGAACUCUGCUCCACACAUCCAUCAUUGUACAUCAUAACCUCCUCCCCCGGUGUCAGCCAGAGUUUGUCAGAGUCACCCUUUGAGAGCACUAGCUUAGGAGGGCAGGCUGCCAGCCAGCACUCUCCUGUGCCAUUCGGGCUUUUUGAUGAUUUCCUCAACACCAGUCAUAUCGAGAACAGUCCUGGACAUGACUUUGACAGCAGACUCUCGCACAUGUCCGAUCAAAUCGCCAGCAGCCUUCUCCAGAGCUUGUACGUGAGCACCGACUCGCAGCAUUACUUAAGCUGCCAGUCUCACCAAUCCUCCAAAUGCUCCAGCGUCUCAGAGCCGGCCGAGACGCUACACUCGACGCUCUGCGGCGAGUUGAGCGAAAUUCAGACACUUGCCGACACCGCUUUGGGCCUAGACGAUUCCACUAGUUGCAGACCAUCUAAUGGAGAAAUAAACCACACUGACCCCUUUGAAGAAUCCCAUUGCGGGGUGGAGGACAGAACGGCAACACUUGAGCCGAGUUUCACAAUAGGGGAUGAUUUAAGUUUACAGCUACUCCCUGCGGCACCAACAGACUCUUACAUUAGCUGUAAUCCAAAGCUGAGUGAAGGAGUUGUGGAGAGUCAGCACGCUGUCUUAGAUGACAUGUUCUCGCAAUGCCCGAAGGCGCAACGUGCUACACUACACCGCUCCCAGUCUGAGGGCACGCUGAUGACUGCUUUUGACGAACUCCUCCUGCCGUCCUUCGGGAGUGAACCCUGUGCGCUACAAGCCCGGCCGCGCUCUGACCUCCCCUCUCUGACCUCCUUUGCUCCUUUUCUAACUCCUGAAAGUAGUAGCUCCCCUUUAGCGCUGUGCCCCCUUUCUCCCUUUGCCAAUGCCUCAGCGGGGUCACCACCCAGCAUGGCAAGAGCCGCCGUGCCAGCUCUCGCCAAUGCAAAGCCAAUGCCUCAGGAGACGCAGCAGCAGCAGCAGCAGCAGCAGCAGCAGCAGGCAGCCAAUCAGCAGAACAGCCCCCACCUAGUGAAGCCCCUGACCACUGCCACGCAGGCUGAGGAGAAGCGGACCGAAGGCCGAUCAGUGCUGGCCACCGGCCUGGAGAAGCUCAAGUCCACCAUCCACCCGGGGAGGAGCAGCCAGCUCAGCGAGCAGGAGACAGACCGGAAGAAGCCUCUGACAGAAGGAGCGGGCUCGUACUACCACCUCACCCACAGCGAACUGGUGGCCCUGCUGGUGCAGCGGGAGUCGGAGCUGGAGAGGCAGAAGGCUGAGUUCCAGCGUCAGAGAGCUCUGCUGGCCAAGCGGGAGGUGGAGCUGAAGAAGUUGAAGCCGCAGGUCAGAGAUCUGGAGGACUACAUUGACACGCUGCUGGUGCGCAUCAUGGAGCAGAAACCCACUCUCCUGCAAGUGCGCUCCAAGUUGAAGUGACGAAAGGGGGGAGGGGGGAAAAAGGGUUUGCGGUUCAGUCCACAUCUGUUCACUCUAACCUCCACAACAGCUCUUUAGUCUUUUCACUGCUAUGCUGUCCUUUUUGAUACAAAUAUUUAGGCACUGAGAGAUGUCGAGGCGAUGUUUUCCAGCCGGCAUGCUUUACUGUACUGAAACACGUCCUCGUCGAAGGGUUCGGUUCGGGCUGUUCUGAAUGUAGCGGGUCCUCAGGUUGUUUUCAGGUCACACAGCCAGUUGGUUUUAAGCUCACGGAGAAGUGAGCCCAGUGGGUUCGAAAAAAAACCCCCAGAUGCUUCCAUUAUCGGGAUCGUGAUUUGUAGAAACCUCGAUUCCUCCUUUUCACCUCACCUGUCACUUCUAUCACCUUAUCACAAAAGAGAGAAAUUGUAGGGUUUCAGUCCAUAACGCUGUAUAUCCAACUGACUCCUCACUCAGUUUUAAAAAAAAAAAAGUGUUUAUUUUGGAAAGAGCUCACGACUUGAAGGCUGCACUGGUGGUUUGUGUUUUUUAGCCCAUUUAUUACAAAUUAUGAAUGCUGUACAUCAAUGCUGACCGUUAUCCAAAGCAUGCCGUCAGCUUUGAGCCUGAUUUCCUUCCUUCAUGGUAGACGUCAGUUCUGUGCGGCAUGAAAAUCAACUGGCAGACACUUGAAGUCUGCUCAGGACAAUUAUUAUCUAUAACAGUGAACAUUUUGUCGGCUUUGUUUUUCUUUUUUUGUCAUCGUUGUGUCUUCAAGGUUGUAACGCAGUUGAGAACACGCAAGAACACAAUGACAACACAUCACUGACCAGAAAUAAAUAAAGGCAACUAAAUGUUCACUUCAAAUGCUUUCAAAUGAAGUUACUAAAUUAGUCUCUGCAAGUUAAUGUUCAUACUUAACUUAACCAAUGGUGUGCUUUGGAAAAAGGUCGGCAUGAAUGUCUAUUUAAUUGAGGUAAAACAUAUAAAACAACAUUUCUGUUUCGUGUCUCUUUAAUAACUUCUCCCUCCAUGAUUGGGUGUCACUUCCAGAUGGUGUAUAUGAUGUUUUGGAUUGACUCUCUAGUAAAUAUCGAACGCUCUGACUAGUUUUCGAAACUAUAAAACCAAAUGUGAGACAUUAUUGGGAACUGAUUGUAGCUCAUGAAUGUUCAAAAGUGUUCUUAGCCAGCCAGCAAGUGAAUGGUUCUUACUUUGACACACAUGUUGAGUGCUGUUUAUCUUUUGCUUCUUCCUUCUUUUUUUUUUUUUUUUCCCCUCCCCUCCUUCUUUCUUUUCAAUGGGCAUGUCUUGAAAUUACCCAUAAUGCUCAGCCACAUAAGCUAACUGAUUCUUGUUCAGGUGUUAUCAGGUGUGAAGACAGAAUCACUCAGUAUCCAAUCAGUAUCAAGAUCAGCCGUCACAGCUUCUCAGAUCUCAUGCUUCUGCCUUCUCACGUGUGCGUUAUCAACAACGACUCCACCACGUCGAGAAGAUGCCUGCGAUAUAUUCCGGUACUUGACUUCACCCCCCCCCCUUUCCCCCUCCCUCGGUGUCUCCUGCGUCACACCCACUUUGGCUCAAGCAUGCGUAUUUGCUACCGCUUUCAGGUGUUACAAAGGGAUAUAUACCGCAUUUACAGCAUAUAUGCCGUAUUGAAAUGCCAAAUGCUGCCUUAUUUUUGUUUUUGUUUUGACGUUCAUUAAGUUCGUUCGGAUCUAGCACUUCAUUUUACUCGUCAGGGCUCGACGGGGAGGGGGGGGAGGUUUUGAAGAAGAAAAGCCAUGUGUUCACUGAAGGUUUGUUUUUUUUAAAAUUCUUCUGAUGCUUUGUUAUAAUAUUGUUUAGAUCACUGCACAAUAAUAAAUUGUAUGCAUACCAAUAGAAAAUUAGCCGUUACAGUGAUUUCCUGUGAAAUGCCAAAAAAGGAAGAAAAAAAAACAAACAAACUAAAAAAAAAAAUAGAAAAAGAAGAAACAAAAAAAAAAAAAGAAGCCAAGCCUUGAAACUUCCUCUACGGAGCAGAUUGAUACACCAUAAAGUAUUCUGAUAUGAUGCCACUUUUAACAGCAUUUGUGGAUGUUCUUGCACUACUUAAUCGUCAGAACAUAACUCUACUGUACCCGUCUGUUUGAUAAUCGGUAUAGUCAGAUCUACUUCACACCAUACUGCACUUUCUAAUCGCUCUGUAUUUUAAGCACUUGGCAUACUCCCAACAACACGACGACGAUUAGCCAGUGAGCUUGAAGCAUACAAAAACAUCCGAAACCGUCUUCGUCAUCUCAGUUCUGCUGUGUGAUCGCAAUAUCAAGUGCAUAGAUGACUAGAGACAUAUUAAAUGUGACUCGGCACUUAACGAAGCGCAAGAAAUAAACGUCCUCUUCCAUGUCUUCCAUUUUAAAUGUUUGUUUUUUUUUAUUUAAGUUUAAAAGUUUGAUUGUGUUUUUGUCCUCGAUUUUGUAGCCGGUGGAACGUGCUUAAGGUAGUAUGUAAGAUUGGAAAGUUUACAAUUCGUGAUGCAAUUCUGUUUCACAAAUUUUGUAUAUUUAAUAAAGAAUAUUUUGUGUUUCUUGCUCACCA